UGGCGUUUCCGAACUUGGGCGCCUUCCGCAUUGACCCGGCUGUCCUGAGUCGGGGCCCCAGCACCCAGCAAGCACCAUGCCCUCUGGGGAAUAAAGGCCGGCGGGAUGACGCCUAGGUGGCUGAGAAGAUGAUUUGUCCAUGUCGGCCAAGGAGGGGCCAAAAGUUUCUAUACAGAAGGGGAGGAUUCCAGCUGAGUUUCGAAUAAGUGGGAGUUGGGAGGUGCCGAGGGGCAAGAGGCCAUUCAUUCCUUCAGAGGGAACAGAAUGUUCAAGACCUGCAGAUCCUUUCCAGGAGGUCAGUUAUGGGUGUGAGAGGCUUACAGGGAUUUGUGAGAAGUAGCUGCCCACAUAUAUGUAUGGUAGUAAAUUUCAAAGAGCUGGCAGAGCACCACCGAAGCAGGCAUCCUGGAGGGACUCCUACCAUUGUGGUCGAUGCCAUGUGUUGCCUCAGAUACUGGUACACGCCGGACUCUUGGAUCUGUGGUGGCCAGUGGCGGGAAUACUUUUCUUCUUUGCGAGAAUUUGUGAAAACUUUUACAGCUCUUGGCAUCAAGUUGGUAUUCUUCUUUGAUGGCAUGGUGGAGCAGUCCAAGAGAGACGAGUGGGUGAAACGAAGACUCAAGAACAACAGGGAGAUAGCCAAGAUCUUCCAUUAUAUCAAGUCCCACAGGGAGCAGCCUGGCAGAAACAUGUUCUUCAUCCCCUCAGGGCUGGCCAUAUUUACUCAGUUUGCUUUGAAGGCCCUGGGUCAGGAAACUCUGUGUUCGUUACAGGAGGCCGACUAUGAGGUGGCUUCCUAUGGCCUCCAGAACAACUGUCUUGGGAUUCUUGGAGAAGACACUGACUAUUUAAUUUAUGACACCUGUCCCUACUUUUCCAUCAGUGAGCUCUCCCUGGACAGUCUGGACACCAUCAUGCUGUGCCGAGAGAAGCUCUGUCAGAGCCUGGGUCUCAGCCUGUCUGACCUUCCUCUUCUGGCCUGCCUGCUUGGCAACGACAUCAUCCCAGAAGGCAUGUUCGAAAGCUUUCGUUACAAGUGCUUGUCUUCUUAUACCUCUGUGAAAGAGAACUUUGACAAAAAAGGUAACAUUAUCUUAGCUGUAGCGGACCACAUAUCUAAAGUUCUUCAGUUGCAUCAAGGUGAGAAGAAGCUGGAAGAGAUGUUACCUUUGGGGCCAAACAAAGCUCUUUUUUAUAAAGGAGUGGCAUCAUAUCUUUUGCCAGGACAGAAGUCUCCGUGGUUUUUCCAAAAACCUAAAGGCGUAGUAACUUUGGACAAGCAGGUACUGUCCAUGAGUUCAGAUCCUAAAUCCAAGCAAGAAGUUCCCGUGUGUACAGACCCUGAAUCCAAGCAGGAAGUUCCCAUGUGUACAGACCCUGAAUCCAAGCAAGAAGUCCUUUUGUAUACACACCCUGAAUCCAAACAAGAGGUUCCCGUGUACACAGACCCUGAAUCCAAACAAGAAGUUCCCAUGUGUACAGACCCUGAACCCAAGCAAGAAUUUCCCUUAUGUACACACCCUGAAUCCAGGCAAGAAGUUCUCUUAUGCACACAUCCUGAAUCCAAGCGGAAAUUACCUGUAGAUACGGACCCUGAAUUUAACCUAGAAGCACCCCUGUGUACAAACCCUGAAAUUAAACAAGAAGAUCUUGUAAAUAUGGGGCCUGAAGUCAAGCCACAAAUAACUAUGGUUUCGGAUCCUGAGAUCUUGAAGGUCGCCAGAGCACAUCACGUCCAGGCAGAGAGCUACCUGGUGUACAACGUCAUGAGCAGCGGGGAGGUCGAAUGCAGCAACAGUCUGGAGGAUGCGAUGGACCAAGCUCUGCCCAGCCAGGCCUUCGUCUACCGCCCAGUGCGGCAGCGGGUGUACUCCCUCUUGCUGGGGGAUGGCGAAGGUGGUACCAGCACCUGCCCCACUGUCAAGGAGUGGUUUGUGUACUCUGGGAACCCACUGAGGCAGCCGGACCUCGUCAGGCCUCUGCAGAUGAGCAUUCCAGGGGGAACGCCUAGUUUGAAGCUGCUGUGGCUGAGCCAAGAGGCAGGACUACAGGCCCAGCGCUUGGACACACUCCUGGCCUGUUUUGACCUUUCCUCCUCGCGAGAAGAGCUGCAGGUGGUCGAGAGCCCCUUUCAAGCGUUGUGCUGCCUCCUGAUCUACCUCUUUGUGCAGGUGGACACCCUCUGUCUGGAGGAUCUACAUGCCUUCAUUGCACAGGCCCUGUGCCUCGAAGGAAAGACCACCAUGGAGCUUGCAGACUUGCAGCUCGACCACGUCGACCCCAGGGCCGUGCAGCUGGGUACCCUCCUGGUCCGCGGCCUCACCACCCUGGUGCUGGUCAACAGUGCCUGCGGCUUCCCCUGGAAAACGUCGGACUUCAUGCCCUGGAAUUUGUUUGACGGGAAGCUGUUUCAUCAGAAGUACCUGCAGUCUGAGAAAGGGUACACAGCAGAGGCACUUGUGGAACAACACAGGUCCUGGCUCACCAGAUUCCAUGCCCUGAAGUCAGUCGUGUGCAAGGCCUGCGUGAAGGAGAACAGACCCAUCGUCAGCAGGCGGCACUGGCGUUCACACCACUCAGGGCGGAGGGGCCGACAGGGAUCCAGCGACCACAGGAUGAGCUCUGGGUACGGCCGGUCUGGCCAAGGACAGCACUGGAGGGACCAGGGGCCAGGAAGUAGACAGUAUGACCCUGACCAAUGGAGAAGAUAUUAAUCAUCUUCUGGAUGCCAGGUGACUCUUGAGUCCGCUCUUGUUGACGAGUCAGGCAUUAGAAAGGGAUUGGAAGUCUGUGCCUGGCGGGCCUUCUGCCGCCAUCUUCCCAGUCAUGGGGCCCCUGUGGAAGCCCUGACUCUGCAAUCCUUCGCUCUGUUGCCUCGGGCCGGUCAGUUCCCUUAGAGCAGAGACCUCCAGUUUCUGCUGGAGGCGCAGAAGGGGUGACGUAGUUGAGAACAUCUGAAGCUCUGUGUGACCUUUGGAAACAGGGUGAGGGGCCUUGGAGUAACCUCCAGGUUUCUGCCUUGUGUUGGGUUCAGAUCUCAGUAGCGUUGACUUGGAAGCAUGGGGAGAACAGCAGUGACCUGUGGGUGUGUUGCCCUUGAGACGCCGACGCCGCACACGCACACGGAUGCAGGCGCACACGGCGAGCACAUCUGUAGAGAACUAGGAAUAGCCCCUGGGGCACCAGCACCCACAGACCACGGAGAAAGGGGAGGUUGAGGGAGAGCUGCCUGAGGGUGCAGGAGGGGUUGGGUGCAGGUGCCCUGGGUCGCGGGGAGGAGCGUCUCAGAGGAGAGGGGCUGGCACCUUCCAGCAUCUCCGAGGCAGGAGCGACCCACAAAGAAAGGAUGCUGUUGAGCCCUGAGGACAGCAGGGGUCACAUGGAAGAAGCACAUGGUUGGUGGCGUCAGAUCAGGAGACCCGUUGUGGGCCUCCAAGGCCACGCUCAGUGAGGGGGCACCGCAGGGGCAGGGCGUCCCUCAGCUUCUCCUAGACCCUCCUCCACAUCCAGGCAGCACAGCACCCAUGCAGACACACACGGCCUCAGGUGUGAUGCUUCCUGUGGAGGGAACUGCAGCUGACACACCCCUCCUUUCCUGCUCACCCCAGGCCCUCCAGCUUAGGAAGCUGUCCUGUCCUGGCAGGAAGAGCGGGCUGGCUCAGAAGAUGCGGUUGCCACGGAGACUCACGCAGCCACUUGUGUUCCAGGCAGUCCAGCCAACGCCUGCCUGCUGGGUGGGACAGAACCGUGUCACCAUUGGAGAGAGAAUUGUUUUAAAACUUGGACAUUGAACAUAGUGCCUCUGGCUUACCUACGGUCAAGACACAUCACAAAAUACACUGUGUUUCACACGUUACUGGCACCCAGUCCAAGACGUACAUGGGACGUGGUGUGUGUUUUAAACUCCGUUCCCCUUGUGCAUUUCACAGGCAGCGGGUAGAGAAGGGAGCCAGGAAGACAAGGCAGAACUGAAGACACUCACGGAAAACCACCGGCGACGUGUCGCCCAGAAGCAUCACUGCAGCUUCACCCCGAAUACAAGUAUUGUCCUAACAGUGAAUGUAAAUGCAGAGACGCUCGUGGGAGAGAAUAGGGAGUGGAGAACUCAGCCACACUGCAGGAGGCCUCUGGUCGGCCGCACAGCAGAGGCCUCGCUGUCUGUCCAGAGCGCGUGGUUACGGCUCCUGCUUCAUUUUCACACAGCCCAGUGCACACUCGUGUCUUCAUACAGCUGUCCUUGAGUUAAAAACACGACUUCACAGAAAGUUACUUUCUCACAGUGGUGGGCCCAGGCCUCUGACAUACAAGGAUCCUUGUAAAAUGCAUUGAUGUGUCCAUGGUACAGCUUUUAGGUUUUGAUUCCUUGUUUAAAUUUGUCAGAAAGGCCAUUUUGUCAGGAGUUAGAGUUUUCUACGGGUGAGUGGAAAUGACUGGUUUGUGGUGAGCAUUUUGCUCCUAGGAAUUAGCCAGACCUCAUCAUUAAAGGAGACACAUGCAAGAACCAGGGAAAAGCUGUGACCCAUCCAGGAGCCGGGCACCAGGGCCGCAUUCCACGUGCUCUGUUCCUCGGCACUCUCCACAAGGUCCACAGGGAAGCCUGCAGCUGUACAGAUGGUCUGGUCGGGUUUGCCAUCUCUCUUCGUGUCGUAACGGUGAUCUGUGAUGCAAGUGUGUGGUUUAUGCCAAAUAUAAAUGAUUAGUCUGUUACUAAUGAGAAAACA